UCCUCCACGCAUUCACCUCUUCACCGCACACCGAUGUGGGCCGGCGGCGUUCUACCCACACGGUGAACCCAAUCCCCACACGAUGUCUCCGAUUACGCCCCGUUCACCCUUAGGAAAAAAAACAAGAUUUGAAGUUUUUAAUAUGUUUAGAUAGAUAUAAUAUUUCUUUUCUUAGGUGGAUCAACCAGAGGUGACAAUCUUCUUCUUCAGUUUCACUACAUCAUGAACAACAAACCCUAACCUUAACAACAAUGGAGAAACACAUUCAAAUCUUCUUACACAAAAUCUCCUACCUCUCUAUCACCAUCGCCACACUCACAUUAAUCCUGGUAUUCUUCUUCCAACCACUGCCGGAAACCUGCAUCAACCCUAACCCUAACCACCCCAAAUCCUCCUGCUCCGCCGCCCACCGCCGCACCACCACCGUCGGAACCAAAAACCACCGCCUCUGGUCCACCAACACCUGGACCAAACACGUCAAUUCAUUCUCCACACUCUUCACCCACCUCCAAACCCUAAAACUUAUCAACAACCACACACAAACGUUAAUUCUGUCUGCAGGUGGUGGCCAGGCGGUUAUGGCGUUGAAACAGAUCGGAUUGGUGGAUGUUGUUGGUGUGGAAUUGGUUGAUUCGCCUCCGUUGGUUAGCCGUGGUGAUCCGCAUAAUCUGCCGUUUUUCGAUGCGGUUUUUGACUUAGGGUUUAGUGUGAAUUUGGAUCAGGCGUUGUUUCCGGCUCGGUAUGUUAGGGAGUUGGAGAGGGUUGUGAGGGUUGGUGGUGUGGUGGUUGUGUGUGUUGAAGAGUGUGGGGAGAGUGGUGUGAGGGAGGUUUUGAGGUUGUUUAGGCGGUCGGAGGUGGUACGGGUGGGGAAUGUGACUGUUGUGGGAUCGAAAAUGACGAUGAUUGUUACCAGAAGAACUAUUUCUGUGUAACUCUGUAAGUCUAUAUUGUUACUUGUUGUAGAUGAUAUUCAUUGUUUAUAAUAUAACGUUUAUUGUCGAAGUUGUUGUGUUUAUCGAGUUAGUCUUAGUUGUUUACGAUUGUGUUUGGUUAUGCGGUUUCAUAGGUUUCAACUAUUGAGUAUGAUGCCCUUGAAUUAUCCUUAAACUAUAAGAUUAGAAAUUGAGUUUUAGAAUUUGAUGUCUAGCCUCUAGAUGCUUUAUUAUUAGAACGCACAUCCAAACGGCCUUUUGGACUCUUUUGAAGUUUGAACCUUUAAUUGUGGAGUGAGUCAUCUUAGUUUAAGAAGGGGGGACGUAUUUGGUUCAUUCGAGCCGUUGCAGCAAUAUCUUUAGUUUUGGUACAGGGGCAGUCGGAUCCUCAGCUAUCUGCACUAGACACUGGCAUCUGCUUUUUUAACAGACCAUUGGUCAACCGUACCAGGGGCUAGUGCAUAUUCUACAUGAACUGCCACGUCAUCCUCUUGUUCUUCUAUGACUGUCUGUAGGAAAACUGCAAAUGCAAUUUCACUUCACCAUAAAGCAAUCUUAAUUUGCUCUAUUGAUGGACAUCACCUGAGAAAGCUUGAAAGAAUGUCUCUGUAGAACUGUAUAAAGCUUUAUUAAGUACCGACAAAGGUAAAAGCAGGUUUCAAGGGUUUUUGAACAAUCUUGGAUGGUUAGUGAGGGAUACGGAGGUUGGAGAUUGUGGCAUUGGGGAGGAUGGCAAAGAUUGUUUGCGGUGUUGACAGGAAGACUUAUGAGUAUGGAAUCAUACGCGUUCGAUCGAAGCAAUUUGGAAGCGUUGGUAGUGUAAUCAGUUGAUGAUGAAUCGUAUGAGUGGCGGUGGUUGAGGUGGUCAUCAUGACGGUGAGUUCCAUGGAGGCAGAGGUGAAGAAUACUCUUUUAUUCAUUAGUAUAGAUUUAUUAUUAUAUUUGUAAUUAAUGUUAAUCCUAACUAUAAGCUAGAUGAAUAAAGCUUAUUCUCACGCCGGCUCCUACAGUGAGA